AGACAGUGCAUUUUCUUGUUUCUCACAGUCACAUUACACCACCAAGAAAACAUUUCUUGGGAUUACAAAAAAUAUUUUUUUCUUCAAGAAUUUGGUAUUCCAUUCCACCAUGGAAUUAAAUCAUCUCUUCAUGUACCCAACACUACUCUUCUCUUUAAUGUUUUCCAACUUUCAACAUCCAAUUCAGAGCCCUCUUUAAUGGACUAGACUUAUCAUCAUAGUGUACUUAUAGGACUUUCUCCUCAUUAGUCUUGUUAAUACUCCCAUCUACCACACUUCGUUCAUUUCAUUUCUCCAUCACUCUCUUUUUUGUGAUGGCCACUAGGUUUCUUUGUAUCACUGCCAUUGUCUUUCUUUUCUGCUUCUGUGUUUCUAAUGCUAUUCUUGAAGAGGAUCCGGAAAGACAAAGCCUGUUUUCUUUCAAGAGUUCUCUUGAAAAUCCACAUAUUUUAUCUACAUGGACCCCCACAACUUCACAUUGUCAAUGGAAUGGUGUUUUCUGCAAAAAUGGUCAAGUUGUUUCCCUUAUUCUCUCUUCUUUAUCACUUAAAGGACCCAUUUCACCCCACAUUGCUUCAUUACAAAGUUUAAAAGUCUUGGACUUGGGUAAUAAUCAGUUGUCAGGCAAGUUACCAAUCCAACUCAAUGAACUCACUUUGUUAGAAACACUUAAACUUGGUUCAAACUAUCUCACAGGAAACAUCCCACCUGAACUUGGAAGUUUGACUGAACUAAAGUUACUUGACCUUUCUGGCAAUGAACUUACUGGAAAAAUCCCACCCCAACUUGGUAAACUUUCUCAGUUGCAAAUCUUGGCACUUGGUAACAACCUUCUUUCAGGUUCUCUUUCUGCAAAACUCUUCACAAAGCUUCAAUCUUUAACUACUUUUGAUGUUUCCAACAACACCCUUUCUGGUACUAUUCCACCUGAAAUUGGGAAAUUGAGAAACCUUACUGAUCUUUACAUUGGGCCUAAUAAGUUCUCUGGCCAGUUGCCACAAGAAAUUGGUGAACUUUCUAAACUCCAGGUUUUUUUGGCUCCUUCUUGUUCACUUGAAGGCCCAUUGCCUGAAUCUGUCUCAAAGUUGAAAUCUUUGAGAAAUCUUGACCUUUCUAAGAACCCAUUGAAGUGUUCAAUCCCAAAAGAGAUAGGCAGUCUUGAAAAUCUGAGUGUAUUGAACCUAGCUUACUCUGAGAUCAAUGGUUCAAUACCUUCUGAGCUUGGAAAGUGUAGAAAAUUGACUACUGUUAUGCUUUCUUUUAACUCACUCUCUGGUUCUUUACCUGAAGAACUUGCAGAGUUGCCUAUAAUGACUUUUUCUGCAGAAAUGAAUCAACUUUCUGGUCCAUUGCCUUCUUGGCUUGGAAAAUGGGCUCAAAUGGAUGCAUUAUUGCUUUCGACUAAUCGGUUUUCUGGGAAAAUUCCAGCUGAGAUUGGGAAUUGUUCUAUGUUGAGUCAUAUUAGUCUGAGCAGUAACUUACUGACUGGUGAAAUACCUAAGGAGCUUUGCAAUGCUGUGGCACUCACAGAUAUUGAUCUUGAGAACAACUUUCUCACAGGCAACAUUGAAGACACAUUUGUCAAAUGUGGUAAUCUGACUCAGUUGGUAUUAGUAGAUAAUAGUAUUACUGGGGUGAUUCCUGAGUAUCUAUCAGAGCUUCCUUUGAUAGUUCUUGAAUUGGAUUCCAACAAUUUGACAGGUCCUAUUCCAAUGAGUCUCUGGAAUUCUGCUUAUAUAAUGGAGUUUUCUGCUGCAAAUAACCACUUAUGGGGUUCUCUACCUUUGGAGAUUGGCAAUGCUGUGUCAUUGGAGAGGAUAGUUCUUAGUAACAAUAAGAUAAGUGGUGUCAUUCCUAAGGAGAUAGGUAACUUAACCUCUCUUUCAGUGUUGAACUUGAAUUCCAAUCUUCUUGAAGGGUUCAUUACUGAUGAGUUGGGUGAGUGUGUCUCUCUUUCAACAUUGGAUCUUGGGAAUAACAGGCUAAACGGGUCGAUUCCGGAGACACUUGUGGAUCUGCCUCAGCUACAGUGCUUAGUUCUUUCUCACAAUGAUCUUAGUGGUGUUAUUCCUUCUAACACUUCAAAAUAUUUCCAGCAAGGUAAUAUCCCUGAUUCAAGUUAUGCACAGCAUCAUGGUGUCUAUGAUCUGUCUCAUAACAAAUUGUCUGGACCGAUACCGGAAGAACUUGGAAGUUGUGUGGUUAUAGUGGAUCUUUUGCUCAGCAAUAACAUGCUAUCGGGAGAGAUACCACGGUCACUUGCCCGUCUGGUGAACCUCACUACUUUGGACUUAACCGGGAAUUUAUUGACAGGUACUAUCCCAGAGGAAUUCGGAUACUCACUUAAGCUGCAAGGAUUUUAUCUGGGGAAUAACAAGCUUACAGGAUCAAUCCCUGAAAGCAUUGGCCAAAUAAGUAGUUUGGUGAAGCUGAAUUUGACUGGAAACAUGCUUUCAGGUCCAAUAUCCUCAAGUUUUGGGAACUUAAAUGGGCUGACCCACUUUGACUUGAGCUCAAAUAGACUUGAUGGUGAACUUCCUCUGUCGCUUUCAAGGUUGGUAAACCUUGUUGGCCUUUAUGUUCAGCAGAACAGGCUUUCAGGAAGUUUGGAUAAGCUAUUCUCAAACUCUGCAGCAUGGAGACUUGAAAUUGUUAAUUUGGGUACUAACUCCUUUACCGGAGACUUGCCAGCAUCUUUGGGCAACUUGUCGUACUUGACAUUUCUUGAUCUCCAUGCAAACAGUUUAACUGGCGAAAUUCCAAUUGAGCUAGGAGAUCUCGUGCAACUUGAGUAUUUGGAUGUCUCGGGCAACAGUCUAUUUGGCCAUAUUCCUGAGACAAUAUGUGCCCUUCCCAAUUUGGGUAUACUAAAUUUUACGGAUAACAAACUGGAAGGAGCUAUACCAAGAAAUGGAAUCUGCCAGAAUCUUUCUGAAUUUUCAGUGGCUGGGAACAAAGAUCUAUGUGGGGGAAUUGUGGCUCUAAAAUGCCCUGCCAAGAAUUAUGCUAAAAGAUCAUCAAUGUUUAGUGUCUGGGGAAUCUUGUCAAUGGUGGCUGGGACUAUAUUAAUUACUCUUACUGUAGUCAUUGUGUUAAGGAUAUGGUUUAAUAGAAGCAGCAGAAAGAGUGAUUUCGAGAAAUCUGAUGACAGCAAAGUUGACAGUGAUGAUCAGCACCUUUAUUUCUUAGGUAGCAGCAAGUCGAAAGAGCCUCUUAGCAUCAACGUAGCCAUGUUCGAGCAGCCCCUUCUCAAGCUAUCCUUGGUUGAUGUUCUUGAAGCCACCAACAACUUUUGCAAGACUAAAAUUGUUGGUGAUGGAGGGUUUGGAACUGUCUAUAAAGCUACUUUGCCCGAUGGUAAGACAGUUGCAGUUAAGAAGCUAAACCAAGCAAAAACUCAGGGUCAGCGUGAAUUUUUAGCUGAAAUGGAAACUCUGGGCAAAGUGAAACAUCGAAACCUUGUUCCUUUGCUUGGGUACUGUUCUUAUGGUGAGGGUAAAGUGCUUGUGUACGAGUAUAUGGUUAACGGGAGCUUGGACCACUGGCUGAGAAACCGUACUGGAACACUUGAUGUGCUGGAUUGGAGCAAACGACUUAAGAUUGCAGUAGGCGCUGCUCGUGGCCUGGCUUUCCUUCAUCAUGGAUUCACACCCCACAUAAUCCACAGGGACAUUAAGCCAAGUAAUAUCUUGCUCAAUGAAGACUUUGAGGCAAAAGUUGCAGAUUUUGGGUUGGCAAGGUUGAUCAGCGCCUAUGAGACACAUGUAAGCACUGAUAUUGCUGGUACAUUCGGUUAUAUUCCUCCCGAGUAUGGGCAGACGUGGAGGUCUACAACAAGAGGAGAUGUUUAUUCCUUUGGUGUGAUCCUGCUUGAAUUGCUGACAGGGAAAGAGCCAACGGGACCUGAUUUCAAAGACGUCGAAGGUGGAAACUUAGUUGGUUGGGUACUUCAGAAGAUCAAGAAAGGUCAUUCAGCUGAUGUGCUUGAUCCAACAGUACUUGAUGCAGAUUCAAAGCAGAUGAUGCUUCAGACAUUACAGAUUGCUGCAAUAUGUCUCUCUGAUAAUCCAGCUAAUCGGCCGCCCAUGCUCCAUGUCUUCAAGUUCUUGAAAGGAAUCAAAGAGGAGUAGAUUACCACACUUUCUGUUAUCUGUUUUAGUUGUCUUUGCACAAGUAGCUUCUAAAAUUUAAGUUGAAUGACAGUUAAUCCUGUCUCUGUUAUUAAGCAUAUGUUAAUGUUAAUAUUCCAGGUCCUAACCAUUAGUAAUUGCUAUGUAACAUAUAGUCUUUAAUCACUAUGGCCAUUUCCCUUCGGCCUUUUUUCGGAAUGAAAUCACUGCUCUAGCCACUUGCAGACUGUUGAACAAUUUGCUACAAUCAAAUA